AUGGUGGAAAAGGGUUUGCUAGAAAUGUUUGUCUCAACAAGUGAAUUUUUAAGUGAAAAUGAUGAAACAGAUGAUCAAAAAGAUGAGUUGUUAAAAGUGAUAAAUGAGCAUUUUCAGUGUCUUAAGAAAAACUUUGAGAAAUAUUUCCCUUCAAAUUUUAGUGACGAAGAACUAAUAUGGAUUGUGAAACCAUUCGGAAUUAAUGUGGAAAAUAUUAUUCAUUUUCCAUUAAAAUCACAACAAGAACUUGCCGAGUUAUCAAAUAAUUCGGGUUUGAAAAUUGACUGUAUUAGCAAGUCCUUAGAAGAUUUUUGGCUAGGAGUCGCAAAAGAAUUUCCAACGAUUUCUGGAAACUGCCAUAAACUUUCUUUUAUCCUUUUCUACGACUUAUUUGUGUGA